AUGGCUGUCAGUCUCGACAACUCGCUCGUCAAUGGCGCAUCCACCUCACCGCUGGUCCACCAGCUUUUCAAAGACCAUGAUCAAGUCUUGAAGACCUUCCGCCUUCUCAUCGCCGAUCUCUGUCAGCAGUUCGGUGGAGGUCAUCCUGGAGGAGCGAUCGGUAUGGCGGCUACUGGGGUCGCACUGUGGCGCUAUGUUAUGCAAUAUGCUCCUCAUACUCCUGACUAUUUCAACCGUGAUCGUUUCGUUCUCUCCAACGCCAAGUCGUAUCAUUCCGACCGUGUUGACGCAUUGUGCCCGGGUCACCCCGAGAUCGAGCAUGAGGGCAUCGAAGUCACAACAGGGCCACUGGGCCAGGGCAUUACCAAUGCGGUUGGUUUGGCUAUGGCUACCAAGAACCUCGCGGCCAAGUUCAAUCGACUGGGCUACGACAUCGUGUCGAAUCACACUUGGUGCAUGAUCGGCGAUGCCUGUCUGCAGGAGGGUGUCGGACUGGAGGCUAUUUCAUUUGCUGGACACCUCAAACUCAAUAACUUGACUGUCAUUUAUGACAACAACCAGAUUACCCGCGGUGGGUCUGUGGACUUAACCAACACGGAGGACGUUGAUACCAAGAUGCAUGCUUGCGGCUGGGACGUGAUUGAUGUCGAGGAUGGCUGCUAUGAUAUUGAAGGUCUCCCUACUUUCAUCAACGUACGAACGGUUAUCGGACUGGGUAGUCAGGUCGCAGGAAUGGCGGCCGCCCACGGUGCCGCCUUUGAGUCUCCUGACGUCGCCGACAUGAAGAGAAACUAUGAUUUCGACCCAGAUGAGACAUUGGUCAUUGGUGAAGAAGUCCGUAAAUUCUUCCAGGACCUCCCCUCUCGAGGAGAGACCCUUGUUAACAACUGGAACGCUUUGGUCAAGCGAUACAGUGAAGAGUUUCCGGAUUUGGGAGCCGAAUUUCAGCGCCGUAUGCGGGGAGAGCUUCCCCUCAACUGGAAAGACCUGAUUCCUUCCACUUUUCCUGAAAGGCCCACAGCUUCGAGAGCUUCAUCCGGCUUAGUAUUCAACCCUAUUGCAAAAGAGUUCGAGAACUUCAUGGUGGGGAAUGUUGACCUUUCCCCGUCCGUGAACAUGAUAUGGCCAGGAGAAGUAGAUUUCCAACACCCCGCAUUGAUAACUAGAUGCGGUAUCAAUGGUAAUUACUUCGGUCGAUAUAUCCAGUAUGAUGUUCGCGAGCAUGCGAUGUGUACCAUUUCUCAUGGUAUGGCCGCCUUUGCUUCAGAUACCUUUAUUCCCGUCACCUCAUCCUUCCUCAUGUUCUACCUCUAUGCCGCACCUUCUGUCCGAAUGGGUGCCCUUCAACAUCUCCAGGUCAUCCAUGCGGCCACUCAUGACUCGAUUGGAAUGGAAGAGGACGGACCUACGCAUCAGCCCAUCGAGCUCGCGGCGCUAUACCGAGCCAUGCCCAACCUCUUGUACAUUCGCCCAGCCGAAAAUGCUGCCGUGACAAUCAUCGGCGUCGGAGCGGAGCUAUCCUUUGCACUGGAGGUUGCUCAGCACAUGAAAGAAGCCCAGGGAGUUGUGGCGCGGGUUAUCAGUUUUCCAUGUCAGCGAUUGUUCGAGCAACAGCCAGUAGAAAACAGGAGAGAGGUACUGAGAAGACACCAGGAUAUUCCGGCUGUUGUGAUUGAGCCAUAUGCACCGAAUGGAUGGGAGCGGUAUGCCGAUGCAGGAAUUUCUGUCCGCCGAUUUGGUCACAGUUUGCCCGGCAAAGCGGCAUACAAAUUCUUUGGUUACGAGACCGGAGUACUUUCAGCCAAAGUAAGCGACUACCUGGCUCGCCUAAAGAAGGGAGAAGCACUUAGAGGUGAAUUCAUCGAUCUGUAG